CCAUUUCAUUGGAUGGAAAAGUUUAUCGAAUCCAUAAUGUUUCCUCCAGCGGAUAUUAUGUCACACUUCAGAACCAAUUGUUAAAUACUAUGACAUGUCUCUAGCAAUCAGAAAAAGGAGCUGGGAAGAACAUGUGACCCAAUGGAUGGGCUUGCAUUUUGGAUCUCUUGAUUCUGAUGUAUUAUGCAGGCAUGGCUUAGUAGUUGACAACUUGCAAGCCAGCAUGGAAAAGAGUGAACUUUGGUGUGAAAAUCCGAAAGAAAAAAGUGCUUCUUUGCCAGAUUGCUGUCAUGUUGGAGAGUUGGUAGUCUUCCCCCCAAAGCUUUUCAGCAAUGUUUCCAAAGAAUUAGAUGAAAAUGAAAAUCAUCAAGAAGAAGGAGAAUUUCUCUCGCUGGAAACUAGUGUGGAAACUUUAGUCAAUGUUUCUGUUGGAAGUGAUGAUGGCAACGGUGGCAUCAAGAACACGGACCUCCCAUUGGACACCAUCAAUUGCCAGUUUAUGCCUGUUGAAGAUAAAUUGUUAGCUGAAAAGAAGAGUUUAGAGGAACCUUCAGUGAAGAUCAUCUCAAGAGUAGAAGCAAAGAAACAAUGCGAUCCAGCUGACCCAACUGAAAAAAUGAGCACUUCUCAUUACGAGAGAGCAAUGAAAAACGAUAGCAGAGAAGAAGUUAUCAUACUUGGAUACAACGACUCUAAUGAAAGUAAAGAUGUCUCAAAAGAAAAAAAUUGGGAACCUUCUGUGGAAAAAAGUGUGUUGGACAAGCAGAUAUUUCAUGGAGCUACAGCCGUACAAUAUGAAAAAUUGGAUGCUCCUCAUGAGAAGAAUGAAGGUGCUUUAUUCCACGAUGAAGAUACGUUUUCUCAGCACCGCGGCAAUGAUGCGAUUGUACGAGAUUCCAAUAAUUCUCUUGCACACUCACCUGGUUCUCACAUCUGGUCGGAGGAUAAUAAUGUGGAUAUGUAUAAUCUUGCAAAUGCUCAGAAUGAAUGCAUUCUGAAUGCACCCUUGGUCUCAGAAGUAUCUGAUUUAGAGAAUAAAACGGUAACACGGCAACCUACAGACUGCCCGGUCGUCCUGCGGAAAAAAAAGGAAGCCAGAGACCAAGAUCAGUCACGACUGGACUCCAUGGUGCUACUCAUUCUGAAACUGGAUCAGCUGGAUCAGGAUAUUGAAAAUGCUCUCAGCGAAAGCUCUUCGCCAUCCGGCACAUUGACACAACCGAAAAAGCCCAUCUCUGAUUCGGAAUCACUUCCUGGAGGCACAGUUGACAUCAUUACUUUAAAUAACCAGCAAACGAGCAUACCAUCACCAUCACAUCCUUUACCUCCUCUUCUCUAUGGUGCAGAUAAAGCAUUUCCUAUUCCAAUGGCUGGUUCUGGAGCAAAACCAAAGACUCGGGCUGUGCCAAUUUUUACAGAAAAGUUGAAGGCUGAGAUUGAAGCGAAAGAAGCAUGUGAUUGGCUGCAAGCAGCAGGAUUCCCCCAGUAUGUUCAACUUUAUGAAGACCUGAUCUUUCCCAUUGACAUCACUGGAGUGAAGAGAGAACAUGAUUUCCUGGACAAAGAUGCCAUUGAAGCCUUGUGCAGGCGUUUAAAUACUUUAAACAAGUGUGCAAUGAUGAAACUAGAAAUCAGCCCACACAGGAAACGGAGUGAAGAUUCAGAUGAAGAUGAGCCUUGUGCAAUCAGUGGAAAGUGGAUGUUCCAGCGAGAGAGCAAAAGGUGGUCCAGACUGGAAGAAUUUAACAUUUUCCCUCCAAAGUUCGAUAUGAAUUCCACAUCCCCGGAAGUGGCUCAUCUUAGCAAUGCAACCAGUCAUGAGAACAUGCUGAUGGAGCAGAGUGAACAUCCCGAGGUAACUUCCAUCCACAGCAUGAGCAGCAACAACAGCCAGCCAACUACCUCCCAGGGCGACGUAGUCACCACCAGGACAAACUCGGUCAUUAGCAUCACCUCUUCGGGAAAGCUUGUGGAAAACGAGGGCAGCCUGCCCUCCACAAAAGUGUUAUCAAGUUUUGGUGGCAGUGUGAAAGCCAACGAGAAAAACACCAAAUCCAAAACGAGAAGCCUGCUAAAGAGGAUGGAAAGCCUAAAAAUCAAAGGCUCCCAUCACGGGAAGAGUAAAACUCCGUCCAAGCUUGGCCUGAUCAUCAGCGGUCCGAUUUUGCAAGAAGGCCUGGGUGAAGAGAAACUGAAGCAACUCAAUUGCGUGGAAAUCUCCACCCUCAACGGCAACCACAUCAAUUUCCCCAUGGUCCGCAAAAGAAGCGUUUCCAAUUCCACGCAGACCAGUAGUAGCAGCAGCCAGUCAGAGACGAGCAGCGCGGUUAGCACCCCCAGCCCCAUCACAAGGACACGUAGCCUGGGCACCUAUAAUAAGCGGGUGGGGAUGUACCUGGAAGGCUUCGAUCCUUUCAACCAAUCAACGUUUAAUGAUGUCAUGGAACAGAACUUUAAAAACAGGGACAGCUUUGCAGAAGAUACGGUCUUCUUCAUCCCUGAAGACCACAAACCUGGAACGUUCCCCAAAGCCCUCUCCAAUGGCAAUUUUGCUCCAUCAAAGAGUAGCCCGGUGAACUGGAGAACGGGAAGCUUCCAUGGACACGGGCAUCUUUCUCUCCGGCGUGAGAACAGCUCUGACAGCUCCAAAGACAUGAGCCUAGGAAGGAGACGCAACUCCUCCAGUUCGGUCUGCAGCCGGCUCAGCAUUUAUGACAACGUGCCCGGUUCCAUAUUGUAUUCCAGCACAGGAAAUCUGGCCGAUCUGGAGAACGAGGACCUCUUUCCUGAACUCGACGACAUCCUAUAUCACGUCAAAGGCAUGCAGAAAAUUGUGAACCAGUGGUCAGAGAAAUUUUCUGACGAAGGGGACUCUGAUUCAGCUUUGGACUCCAUUUCUCCAUGCCCUUCGUCUCCCAAGCAAAUCCUGCUAGAUGUGGACAACGACAGGACCAUACCUAGUGAUCUGGACAGCACGGGGAAUUCACUGAAUGAAACAGAGGAGGCCGUAGGAAUCCAGGAGAGAAGGGAUUCUGGGGUGGGGGCAUCACUGACCCGCUCCAACAGGCACAGAAUGAGGUGGCAUAGCUUUCAGAGUUCCCAUCGACCCAGCUUAAGUUCAGUUGCCUUACAGAUCGACUGUCAGUCCGUUGCACAGAUGAACUUGCUGCAGAAGUAUUCCCUCCUGAAAUUAACCGCGCUCUUGGAGAAAUACACCCCUUCCAACAAACACGGCUUCAGCUGGGCUGUGCCAAAGUUUAUGAAAAGGAUAAAAGUCCCAGAUUAUAAAGACCGAAAUGUGUUUGGCGUUCCCCUUAUAGUUAAUGUCCAACGUACUGGACAACCUCUUCCGCAGAACAUACAACAAGCUAUGAGAUACCUUCGUAACAACUGUUUGGAUCAGGUUGGCCUUUUCCGAAAAUCUGGAGUCAAGUCCAGAAUCCAGGCCUUACGACAAAUGAAUGAGAAUGCAAUAGGCAAAGUGAAUUACGAAGGCCAGUCUGCUUACGAUGUGGCUGACAUGCUCAAACAAUAUUUCCGCAACCUGUCAGAACCUCUGAUGACCAACAAGCUUUCAGAGACCUUCUUACAGAUCUACCAGUAUGUGCCAAAAGACCAGCGCCUCCAGGCAAUCAAGGCGGCCAUUAUGCUUCUACCAGAUGAGAACAGAGAAGUCCUGCAGAUUCUUCUGUAUUUUCUGAGUGACGUCACGGCUGCUGUGAAGGAAAACCAGAUGACGCCAACAAAUCUGGCGGUGUGUUUGGCACCUUCUCUUUUUCACCUGAAUACCCUUAAAAGAGAAAAUUCUUCUCCAAGGGUAAUGCAGAGGAAACAGAGCCUGGGUAAACCGGAUCAGAAAGACCUAAAUGAGAAUUUGGCUGCAACUCAAGGCUUAGGCCACAUGAUUGCUGAGUGUAAGAAGCUUUUCCAGAUCCCAGAAGAAAUGAGCAGAUGUCGGAAUUCUUAUACAGAACAAGAUCUUAGACCUCUCAGCUUUGAGGACUUGGGACGAACUAACAACUCUGAGUCUGCCAGUUAUCAUUCUUAUAUCCAGGACUGUAUGGAUGAUUUUUUCAAGGAAAUAAAGGAUAAAUUUAAAGGCUGGGUCAGUUGUCCCACCCCAGAACCAGCAGAACUUGCCUAUAAAAAGGUUUGUGAAGGGCCACCUCUACGGCUAUGGAAAUCCGUGGUGGAAAUCCCUGCGACGCCUGAAGAAGUAUUAAACCGUAUCGUUAAAGAACAGCAUCUUUGGGAUGAAGAUCUUUUAGAUGCUAAAGUCAUUGAGACUUUGGAUAGCCAGACUGACGUUUAUCAAUUUGUACAAAACAAUAUGGCGCCGCACCCAGCAAGGGACUGUGUCAUCCUCAGGACUUGGAGGACCAACCUCUCUAAGGGAGCAUGCGCGCUCUUAGGUUUCUCAGUGGAACAUGACCAUGCGCCCGUCCUUGGUAUUAGAGUGAAUGUGCUGUUGUCCAGGUAUCUCAUUGAACCUUGCGGGAUAGGAAAAUCCAAACUCACCUAUAUGUGUCGGAUUGAUUUAAGGGGACACAAGCCUGACUGGUACACAAAAGCAUUUGGGCACUUGUGUGCAGCUGAGGUCGUGAGGAUUAGAGACUCUUUCCUUAAUCAAAAUCUUGAAGCUAAGGAAGCAACAUCCAGGUGAUGGAUCAAGUGGACCAGCACAGCACCGGCCUGCCUAGAGAUUUUUGGGGAAGGUUGAUUAUCCGCCCUGGGACUGACCAUAUAUUCAUUGGGUCCUGAAGAGAAACUUUCUGGAAUGGGUCUGAGAUUGUUCAUCAAAAUUAGGUGACAAUCCCUAGUGUUUGUUUUUUUAAGCUGCUUUUUUUGUCUGUGUUAGGCCUAUAGUGUAGGUCUUAACUGGAAAAGUUUGGAUGGUGCAACUUUUUUUUUUAAAGGUAAGGUUAAUGUUUGCUUAGAUGCUGUGAAUUGCUUCUGAGAAGCAAAGCUCUAAGACUUAAAUAUAUUUCUGAAAUAUAGUGAAAAUUAUUCAUUCCUACGUUAUGUUAGCUUUAUGUAUGUAUCUGUAUGUCAUUUGUGGAGGGACUGCUGCAGCCACUGGAUUUGGUGUGUUCCUCGGUGGAUUUUCACGAGAGUAAGUGAAGGAAGGUUUGCACGAAGGCAAAGGUGUGAAUGAUUGUCUAACUUGUUGACUGGAGUAUGAAGAGCCCAAAUAGUAGAACCAGAGUGUCUGGCACACUUGGAAGGCAUUGGAAAAUAAUUUAGCAGAUGGGGAAAGAAUUGGCCUAGAAUCUGACUGAGCGACCCAUUACAAGCCUCAACUCUUCAUUCCUCUGAGUUGCUUAUUACUCAUGUGUGUAUCUAAAAAUUGAAAAGUGGCAGGGCAAAGAAUGGUAAAAAAGCAGAACACUUGACACUUAUUUAAGAAAGCCAAUACGGCAAUAAUUUUUCAUGUGCUCCCAGUUGACCUCAGCUUUUCAUAGCUGCCAUAUGAGAAUACAGCCACAUGUUUGCCAUGGGUCAGACUUUAUCUUCUUUGGAAUACUUUCUUAACAAUCUGUAAAGAGCAUCUCAAGAAAAUGUGAAUGAAGUGGCAGCUCCAGAAAAUCACUCCAAGUCUGAAUGUCUUGGAAAGAACAGUACAUCGAUCCUGAUCUAUAGGAUUCCAAGGAUAAGAGAUGAUGUGGGGUGUGGAAGGACAUGCGUACAGCGCCUGGUUUUUAAAGAAGCUGUGUGUUUUCUUAGUGCAUGCCGACAGUUGCGGCAGAAAUCAAAGAAAGGUAUCUUUUGGUUUAAAGCAAUGCCAGUGCUUCAUAUGUGCUACCAAAUCACUUUUGCCUAACACCUAUUAUUUUAGUAUUUGUUCACAUGUUAAGAUACAAAUAGAGGCCUAAACAACAUCUUUGUUUAAUUAACAUAGGAAUAAAUGCUUGUAGUUUUGAGAACAGGGCCAAAACUGCUUUCCAUAGCUGAAAAGGACAACACUGAAAAAAUAUCAUAACUGGAACAUUAUAAAGUUCUGAAGUGUUUCCGCAUAGCAGCUACUCCUAGGAGUUAAACAUGUUCAUAUAACCCAUUCCAUUUUAACCAUAUAACCUCAUUUAUCGACAAGGUUUGGGGGAAAAUAUCCCCCAAAUUUAGAAGCAAUGUAGUUGGAUAAAAAUGAAUAUUUGUGCCACAAAAUUAUAGGACAUAAUGGAAAGAAAUGCAGGUUAAGAUAAACAGAUUAAAAUGAUCAAGAGUUCUAUUGUGAACUUUGUAUAGGACAUCCCAGAAAUAUAAGCCGUGAUGGCAAUAAUAAAUGAAAAUAGGAAGAUGCAUAUACAUUUUACCAGUCUAAAAACUACAGAUUAAUUAUCCAAUGUUUGGGGGGAUGGAGAGGAGUGGAAUUAUUAUUUUGCAUGUAAUAUUGGUCAACAGUUUCUGCACAUCUUUAUGAGCAUUAUUAAUGAAUCUUUUUUUAAAUCCUUUAGAGAAUGACACUGUUUCAGUGAUUGAUUUUACUGUAAAAACAACAAAGCACAGGGAAGAUAAAUACUGUCCUUCCUUCUUGUUACAGAAUAUAUAUACUUUAUUCCAAUGCACUGACUUGAUGUGAAGAAUAGAAAAUCAUUGUAAUCCAUGGUGUUAAAUAACUGGUGUUAUGUAAUUCAAGGGUAAAAAUCUGCCCCAAAAGCAGGACAUCAUGUCUUGCUGUGAAUCCAGCCCUCACCCCUUUCCAUACCUCCAAUGGUGCCCCGCUAUAAAAACCACACUUUGAUUGACGGAUGCACGACUCAGGUGUGAAUGCUAUGAAAUAAAAUGAAAGGUGAUUUAUUUGUAUAUUUGGAAUGAAAUCAUUGUACAGAUCCAUU